AUGGAGCCUCACGGUACCAAGUGGGUGGCUUCACCCGCCUUCCGAUCCGGCCCUCUGCCACAGCUUGCAUCGUGGAUCACCAAGGGGCUGGACUGGGGAUUGCUAGAUGAAGUUCAAAUACUGCAAAGCCGAAUUCGAGACCUUAUUAAGAAGGACAUUGACCUUGUCAAGCUGGGUCUCAGCCUCCCUCCUCCCUUCGACCAAGGCCAGGAGCUCCCCUCCCCGACCGAUCUGGCGGAGAGAGGGCUAGGCCUUGCCACUCCGGUGGUCGCUGUGGCCAGAUCCGGCCGGCGGAUCCGUCGUAGAGCCGACAGAAGGUGGGCGCUCGAGCUCAUCCAGCAGCUCGUCGUCGACCAGGAGGCCUCUACCUCGACUGCAACAGCCCGUGGUCGUCCCCCCUCCAUCCACGUUGUCGUUCCUCUUCUCUUCCUCAGCAGAUUGGCGGGAGCAACCGGUGCAGGACGACGAGCCACGGACAGCCAGCACCCAGUCGAGCACCACCACACCCUCAGAAAUUUCAUGGCAACCAGGAGUCCAGGAGUAACAAUAUUUUUUAUUAAUUGGGGAUACGGUGAUGUUCAGGUAUUUCUGAACCGAGUAGAAGAUUAAUAACUUCUACGAAAUCAAAGAUCUCUGAGCUUUUAGAGUAUGCACCAUAUUGAUUUACUUAUCGGUUUAUUCACACAUAUAUUGAGUUCAUGAUGGAAAUAUAUACGAGUAUUCUCAAGGUAUGGAAUGUUUUUAAUUACUACCAGAUAGAAUUUGGGAAUUAGUCUUACAAAGCUUCCAAAAUCAGUGAAGUUAUACAGCUACUACAGAACUGGUUAAAAUCAGUGAUCUUCUACAAUAUCUACAUGACUGAUUACAACACUGCUCAUGUGAUUUGGUACUUUACUAUAUGGACGCUUGUUUUACCCCUGAGGCGAGCUAAUGAUUGGGA